AACUGAAGAGAGGAACAGCGCGCCCCCGAGCGUACACAAACUCCGUGUGCUUGCAACACAGAUGUCAUCUUGAACAUGUCACGGAAAUUACAGACGCAAAAAAAAUGCAUUUUUUCCUCACCGACGACGAUGAAAAAAUCUUGAGCGCGAUUUCAUCCGUGCACAGUCAUUAACAUGACGAACUUUGGGCUGGUUUUGAAGGAAGCGAGCUUUUUGGUUCCGGUGACGAACUGCUUUUUGGCUGUCAGGAAACUCGCUGCGCUAAAGAUUCAUUCUAGCGUCUGCUGCUUAUCAUCAGCAACAUCACGAGAACGCCUGGACUAAUGUCGCCUCAAGAGCUGCUUCGCAUCACCAAAUCCGCUCGUGCGGCCGUCUGGGAGCGCAUUUCUCGCACUUUCCACGAGUUUUAACUUUCGCUGAGUUUAGCCGUCAUCAACGGAAAGAGGAAUCUGUUCAAGUAAGGCGCACGCUCUUUUGUCCAGAUAACGUUACUCGACUGUGCGAUUGCUGCAGUUAUCCGCGUACUACGGUUUUCGCUUUUACUUCGGUAAAGUGGAUACAUGAAGGCUGCUUUCACAGUCACAUGCCUUCAUUCAUAAUCAUUUGCCGCACAAUAAUGCGGAGACUGUCCAUGCAUCGAGCUGAGGGCUCGUUUUCUUGUUUAUUCGGCUUUACAAAGUUGUUACGCACAGGAUUCAGUGACACAGACGGACUGUUACCGAUUCGCUUUUCAAUAGAAAAGUGAAAGCUGUAGGUUUGUGCAGUGAGCUGGCCAGACACAUCGACGGAGAGGGAAAAUAUGCAAACCUAGCAGGAAAAGAAGCCAUCAAAAUUACGGAAAUCCCUUCUUUUCCUCCGGUCUGCUAUUACGAAUGCAUUCUGUGUGAGCAGCUCGCUUAUAUCUGCACCAUUUGUGUGGUUUUUAUACGUUCUACACCUUUUGGACGUGAACUUUACUAUUCAGAUUUAUUCUGAACUCUCCAUGCAAUAGUUAUUAUGCUGUCUACACAAAGCUAUGCAUAUAUUGACGAGACGUCAAUAUCUUCGUAGUCACUAGAUUGCUACUUUGUCAGCAUAAACUGGAAAUAACGUUUGUGUGAGUGUGUUAAGAGGUCUCUUCCCUUGACUGGUCCGAAGAAUAAGUUUGAUGAGAGACCCUCAGGGGUCCGCUUGCCUGGAUGCUCUUUAGCAAUGGCAGCGGCCUGGAUAUCUGUGGACAGUCACAUUACAUUAACUCCUACGUUUGUCUUCACGAUAUACAUCGAGUUCCUGAAGACGGGACAGAAAGUGAAUCUGUGAAGAGCCUUCUUUCACCUGCGUUGAGUUCAGGCCAUUGAUGGGUGACACUAGAGGAGAGUGUGUGUGAGGACCUUCAGACCUGAACUCUCAUCAAGAGCACACACAUUCAUACCGCCAAAAUGAAUGAGAGACAGGCUCUUCAUUCAAUUAUGAAGGAUCUGGUGGCCCUGCAGAUGACCAGGCGCCAGUCGGCGUCAACUCAUGACACGGCAAAACCUAAACCGGUCAGCACUGCCAGCUCUUCCAAAAGAAUGGAGGAUGUCAGGAUUAAGUUUGAGUUCUGUGGUGAAAGAAGGAUUCUGAUGUUUGGGCGGCCUGUGCAGUUUGAGGAAGUCCAGCAGAAAGUCAAAACAUUCUUCGGUCAGCAGUUAGACCUGCAUUAUAUGAAUAAUGAGCUGUCCAUUCCCCUGCGUGAUCAGGAUGACUUGGAUAAAGCCAUUGAUCUGUUGGACCGCAGCUCAAACACGAAGAGCAUCAAGAUCAUGCUGCUGACACAGGAAAAAAGCAAUGCCUCUUCUUCAUCUCAUCACACAUUGUGUAAGCAGGUUCGUAUCAAGACCUCUCAGUCCACCGGUGAUGUCAGCACUGCCUACCAAUCCUCAGAAACAAGAGGACGCCACCACUCCACCAGCUCUCAGAACACUGGCCGAAGUUCUCCGCCCCCUGGUUACGUUCCUGAGUGCCAACAGCGAAUCGCACGUCAGGGAUCCUACACCAGCAUCAACAGCGAGGGGGAGUUCAUACCUGAAACCAGCGACCAGUGUGUGCUGGAUUCUUGGAGCAGUGCAGAAAACUCUGUGUCUGGCAGCUGUCAGUCCCUGGACAGCAACUCUGACAGUCCCUCAGUCAGGAAACCUCGGACACACAGGGUUAAGAGUUACCCUGACAACCGACAGGACUGUGCAGACCGGGAAAACCAUGUAUAUGAUAAGAUUGUAGGGAAAGGAGGGACGUACCCUCGCAGGUAUCAUGUGUCACUGCAUCAUAAAGACCACAGUGAAGGUCGACGGACAUUUCCACGGAUCCGUCGUGCCCAGGGAAACUUGUUCACGUUGGUGCCGUCGCGGCGUUCACUGAAUGGCAGUGAGGAGAGUUUGGGGAGCUGGCAGCUGGUUGAUACUCAAGCCAGACUCCGCCCACAGGACCGCCCAGUCCCUCAUAAGUCCCCUACAGCUCCAGUGACGUGGCGCAGGGGGAAGUUGCUUGGUCAGGGUGCUUUUGGAAGGGUUUAUCUGUGCUAUGAUGUGGACACAGGCAGGGAACUUGCAGCAAAACAGGUUCAUUUUGACCCUGCCAGUCCAGAGACCAGCAAGGAGGUGAGCGCUUUAGAGUGUGAGAUACAGCUGUUGAAGAACCUGCAUCACGAGCGAAUCGUUCAGUACUACGGUUGCCUUAGAGACCAUAUUGAAAAGACCCUCACCAUUUUCAUGGAGUAUAUGCCCGGGGGUUCAGUCAAAGACCAGCUGAAGGCUUAUGGGGCUUUGACAGAGAAUGUGACACGCAAGUAUACCAGACAAAUUCUGGAGGGCAUGUCCUACUUGCACAGCAACAUGAUCGUCCACAGGGACAUCAAAGGUGCCAACAUCCUGCGAGAUUCAGCCGGCAACGUGAAGCUGGGAGAUUUUGGUGCCAGUAAGCGGCUUCAGACCAUCUGCAUGUCCAGCACUGGGGUCCGUUCUGUUACUGGAACGCCGUACUGGAUGAGCCCAGAGGUCAUCAGUGGAGAGGGGUACGGCCGGAAGGCAGACGUUUGGAGUCUAGGCUGCACUGUGGUGGAGAUGUUGACAGAAAAGCCUCCGUGGGCUGAAUUUGAGGCCAUGGCAGCCAUAUUUAAGAUUGCCACUCAGCCCACCAACCCCCAGCUGCCCUCUCACAUCUCCGAACACACUCGGGACUUCCUCCGCUGCAUCUUCGUGGAGGCCAAGUACCGGCCGAGUGCAGAGGAACUGCUCAGACAUCCCUUCUCCCAGAUCUUGUGCUGAGGUUUCCAUCUAGCUGCUUCCACAGGUUAAAAACCUCAUUUUUUCUGGUUAAAGAGUCAUAAGCUCAGCUUCAAAGGCAAUCUACAGUACAUUUCCACAGCAUGUGACCUUCCAGCUCCCAAUCUGGGUUGUCGCCAGGAUGAGGUCAAAAAACUGGUUUGUUCUCUAAUGGUUUGAAAUGUGAUGUCUGUGGGACAGCAGGGGGCGCUACAGGACUUUCAUGGAUUAGCAGAUGCAACAAACAUGAUACUGUUUGAGCCACUGAGCUGCUUCAGAGCAGACUGUUUCUUACAAUAACUGCCAAAUGUGCCUUCUAAAGCCAACAGGGUCAAUCUCACUGACCCCUGAAUGAGUUUUUCAGACAUCAAGAAAGCUUGUUCCUGCAUUCGUGAUUAAUCGUGUGUGUAUAUAUAUAUAUAUAAUAAUAUAUAUAUAUAUAUAUAUAUAUAUAUAUAUAUAUAUAUAUAUAUACAUAUACAUAUAUAUAUAUUGGUUAAUCUUCAUAGAAUUGCACUUUCUUGAUUUAGAAUUUGUAAGAACUGUUUUAGUCUGUUACAGAAAGCAGCAUAUUCUCGUUUUUUGAUGCAGAGGGUCAAGGCAUGAGGUUAUAGUGUUAAGGUGGUUGAAGUUUAAUACAAAGUUUUGUACCGCAGUAGUGCCUUAUAGUGUCCUGUAGAGAGCAGCAGUGCAGCACUUAAGAUGCAGCUAAUCUAUAGUAUUCCUAUAGCGAUGAUGAGAUGUUAAAUUGGGAACCUCGUAAGGGCUGUGUUAUCGGUUAUUUUGUGUGUGGUGAGAUAAUGAGAGCACAUUAGGUUGUAUAUAAGUUUUCUCUCCUGCCCUGCCAAAGAAAAUGUAUUUAGAAAGUGUUGUGCCUUAAAUGUCUUACGGCAGUAAAGUGGACUCAUUUGGAUCAGAUGCACUUUUGAAUAUGAAUGUUGAAUAUACCAAAUUGUUCAUUUGUUACACAGAAUGUGAAGCUUUUUUCACUUUUAUUUAUGUCCCAAUGAUCAGCCAUUUUUAUAUACGAGUAUAUAUAUAUGUAUGUGUAUAAAUCUAUUUUUAUAUAGUGACUCUGAACCGAGUUAUGCUUUUAGGAACAGAAGAUGAGUUAGAAACAAGAAUUGUAACAGCAGCUGGUUUUGCAGAGACUACAACAUGAUUUUACAUGUGUUUAUUACUGGCUGGAAAUUGAGCUCUGGCGAUUUAUGACGUGCAUGAUCUGUGCAAGUCACAAGUCUCCUGUACUCGUGUUUUUAAGUGUUUAGUGUGUGUCUGUUUCUGUCUGCUUUUUCACCUGUGGAUAUCGGGGAGAAUCUCAGUGCAGACAGGAUUUUGAUGCAGGUUGUCACAGGCAGUGACCAGUGCCUUGAAUCAUUCUCAGAAAUGCAUGUAUACGCAGAUAUUCACAUUCGCUGCCACUUAGGAAGGACUUGAUAUUUGCCUUUAUGUAUUCAGAGUUGCAGUGUUGGAAGGAAAAAUAAGAUGUGGAAAAGAAAGAUUUUGUUUUUAUGCUAAGAAAAUGAAAAUGGUAUUAAAGUUAAUGUACACUACCAUUCACAGUUUGGGGUCAGUGAGAUUUUUGUGAAAGAAAGAAUAUGUUUAUUUAGCUAGGACGCAUUAAUUUGAUCAAAAGUGACAGUAAAGAUUAUUUCUAAUGUUACAAAAGAUUUCUACUUUCUCAAUUUGUUUUUUCUUUCUACUCAUCAUGUAUCAAGGUUUCCACAAAAAUGUUAAG